AACCAUCACUCAAUUCUUGCCUUCUUCAUGGGGAUACUGUCUAGAAAGGCCACGUGCAACUCACAUGGACAAGACUCCUCUUACUUUUUAGGCUGGGAGGAAUAUGACAAGAAUCCAUACGAUGAGAUUCUAAAUCCUAAAGGCAUUAUCCAAAUGGGUCUUGCAGAAAAUCAGCUAUGUUUUGACCUGCUGGAGAGAUGGCUAGAGGAGAACCCAGAUGCCGCUGGCUUUAAAAGAGACGGGAAGUCCAUUUUUAGAGAACUUGCCCUGUUUCAAGACUACAAUGGCUUGCCUGCAUUCAAAAAGGCAUUGGCUGAGUUCAUGUCGGAGAUUAGAGGGAACAGAGUAACGUUCAAUCCCGACCACAUAGUUCUCACUGCUGGUGCCACCUCUGCUAAUGAGACACUUAUGUUCUGCUUAGCUGAACCUGGCGACGCCUUUCUUCUGCCCACCCCCUACUAUCCUGGAUUCGACAGAGAUUUGAAAUGGAGAACUGGGAUAGAGAUUGUCCCCAUCCAUUGUUCCAGCUCCAAUGGCUUCAGAAUUACAGAGUCUGCCCUGUUAGAAGCCUACCAAAGCGCCCAAAGUCGUGACCUCAAGGUCAAAGGCGUGCUCGUCACUAACCCAUCAAACCCAUUAGGAACCACCAUCACUACUCAAGAACUCAACCUUCUACUCCAAUUCAUUGCAUCAAAAAAUCUUCAUCUAAUCAGCGACGAGAUCUACUCCGGCACGGUUUUCCGCAACCCGGGAUUCGUUAGCGUCAUGGAAAUUCUCAACCAAAACUAUAAACACAAUCAUCAAAUCCGUAAACAAGUUCACAUUGUUUAUAGUCUCUCGAAAGAUCUCGGUCUACCGGGGUUUAGAGUCGGAGCGAUUUAUUCGAACGACGAUGUAGUUGUGGCUGCAGCGACGAAAAUGUCGAGUUUCGGAUUGGUGUCGUCGCAAACUCAGUACCUUUUAUCAGCUAUGUUAUCAGACAAGAAGUUUACUAAGAAUUACAUUAAGGAGAAUCAAAAGAGGCUGGAGAAAAGACAGAAAAUGCUGGUGAGAGGGCUGCAAAAGGCAGGGAUUAAGUGCCAUAAAGGGAAUGCAGGGCUGUUUUGUUGGGUGGAUAUGAGGCAUUUGCUUGGAGCCAAUACUUUUGAAUCAGAAAUGGAGCUUUGGAGGAAGAUUGUGUUCGAGGUGCGGUUGAACGUGUCGCCCGGACAGUCGUGCCAUUGCUCCGAACCCGGUUGGUUCCGUGUUUGUUUUGCCAACAUGUCCGAGGCAACGUUGGACCUUGCAAUGCAGAGACUAAAGGCUUUUGUGGUUAACUCCACAGUAACUACUAGUCCUACUACUACCACUACUACAAACCAUCUCCCCACGAAGAAGAAGAACAUGGUUAAGUGGGUUUUUCGGUUAUCGUUUAACGAUCGCGUUGCCAAUCACACGAACGAUAACUUGGGAUAAUCCCCUCUUCGUGUUUUUUUUUUCCUUCUUCCUUGUGGGGAAGGAAUUUCAAUUUGUAGUAUCAUUUUUUCGAACGUGUAAAAUACGUACAUGCACUCGGUCCCUUUGUGGAUUAGCAGUGGCGUCUGUAAUCAUCUCGAUUUCGUAUUAAACAUUGGAUCAAUGCAUUAUUUAUUCUAUUUUUUUUA